AUGUCAACCUCAGAAUCCAUCCCCAAACUCCUCUCCUCCUUCACCGAAACAUGGUCCCCCCGCCUCGUCGCCGCCAUCAACGACCACCACGUCAAAGUCGCCAAGCUCGACGGCGAAUUCAUCUGGCACGCGCACCCAAACUCAGACGAGCUCUUCUACCUGCUCUCCGGCAAGCUCACCAUUGAGCUCGACGGCCGCGACGACGUCGUGAUGCAGGUCGGCGACAUG